GAAAAUGUACGGUGGAUAUGGCUCGAAGCAGAUACCCACGGGCAAAGCAGGAGAAAAAGGCUCGAUUCGCUCUUCGCCUCUCCCCCACCAGCUCGCCGCGGAGGGCAUCGCAGCUCAAGUGAGGAGUGGAGGGGCUCGGGAUCUCCGCCGAGCGCGCGCAAGAUGGCUGACCCCGAGUUGGAAGCUAUCAGGCAGAGGAGAAUGCAAGAGUUAAUGGCUCAACGUGGUGGGGGCAAUCAGCAAAAUGCAGGGCAACAAAAAGCUCAAGAAGAUGCAAAGCAAGAAGCUGAGGAACGCCGACAGAUGAUGCUUGCUCAGAUAUUAUCCUCUGAAGCUAGAGAAAGGCUCUCCCGCAUAGCUUUGGUCAAGCCUGAUAAGGCUAGAGGAGUGGAAGAUGUUCUUCUGAGAGCUGCUCAAACUGGUGGAAUAUCUGAAAAGGUGUCUGAAGAAAGGCUUAUCUCACUUCUGGAGCAAAUCAACACCCAGACGACCAAGCAAACCAAAGUUACGAUUCAGAGGCGUCGUAGUGUCCUUGACGACGAUGAUUAGCUACAACCUGCAAGCUCAGUGCUAUAUGAGUGUACGAUGAGCUGGUGGUGGAGUCAAAGUGGUGCCGAACUGUUUGCUUAAAAACGGUGAUCUGAUGUGACUAUUUGAUGGAUCUUUGGUUGGUAUAUGAUCCGGAGUCUAUUUGGUGUCUCCAUUGAGGACAGUCAAGAUAUUGGCUGUGGUUAUCCCUGAAACGCUCAUUAUUCCUAAGCUAUGGCAUUAUAGGUGCUUGUGUCCAA